GCCAAGUACUCUUGUUUGUUGCUUAUCGGAAGUAGAACUCCACUCUCUGUCGCUUAGUGCCUCUUCUCUCUCUCUUUCUCUUUCUCUCUCUACCCACCAUUGUUUAGCUCUUGAGGAACUGGAGAGCCCAAAAAUCAACCAAUGGUUAUUCGAGUGUCAUCUGCUUUUUCUCUGACAACUCCCCUGACUUUCCCCAUCUCUCCAUAAUUAUUGCUCUUAUACACCCCCCUCCCUCUCUGUCUCUCUCUCCUCUCUCACACCCACGCUGAGCGAAACACUGAUGAUAGUUGGAAUUCCAUUUAUUCUCCAUCCCUUCCCUACCCACUCCAUUUGUGGUAUAAACUAAGACAAACCCACAAGCAUACCUUGUUCUUUCUGAAUUGGUGACACUGUCUCUCUUUUAAGGUGCCUUCUCUUUCUCUCCCAGUGCUCUUUCACCCUGAAGAAUCGACUCCAACUCAAAGAAAAACUAGGAAUGCCAUGGUUUGUCGCUGCAGAGAAUUUUUGAAGUAGGAUUAUUCAUUCAGAUCAGAACAGAAUGCCCAAAGUUCUUCAGCCCUUACCAUCACUGAUCAAAGAGAUGAUUUUGAUGUACAACAAUGAGAUACCCCGGUGCAUUUUAGGAAAAUUCACUACAGAGAACCAUUCUAACCUUUACAGGUGCCAGGAGAAAUUUUUUUUUUCAGGUAACACCUAGCUAAUCAUUUUACUUUUUUCAGCGGUGCGUUAAUCACCAGAGACACAGACCACAAUUCAACUGUCUCAUCCAGACAUGCUGCCACGGAACUCUGAUUCAGGAACGGAAAACGAGUCCUCGGAUUUCAGCGCCCAGGAAAUCUCUGUCGACCCCUCCAAAGUUACCUCCACCACUUUCUCGGAUCAGGACAAUGUGUCACUCAACUUGACCCUUUUCUGCCACAGUAAUCCUCCUGUCGAGGCAAAUGCUGUUGGAGAGAGUAAUAACUCUGAAGCCACUGACCGAGCUUCCGUGGUUAAACUCCCACGGGUGUUCUCUUGCAAUUACUGUAAGCGCAAGUUUUACAGCUCGCAGGCGCUCGGUGGCCACCAGAAUGCUCACAAGAGGGAGAGGACGAUGGCCAAGCGGGCCAUGCGGAUGGGAAUGUUCUCCAACAGAUAUACCAGCUUGGCAUCUCUGCCGCUUCACGGUGCUGCGGUUCGUUCCCUUGGCGUUGAAGCUCACUCAGGGGUGCACCACCAGAAUGCCGUGGCACCAGAAAGUCGGCCUGCGGUUUUGAGAGGUGGAGCGAAGUUUGAGAAGGGCUAUUUGGGAGUGCCGAUGUUUGUCGAAGAAGAUGAAGUGGUGCCGCUGUUUUGGCCAGGAAGUUUCCGGCAAUUGGACACGAGGGAUUGCACUAGUGAUCCUAGCCCGCCUGUGGAUUACAUAAUCAAAGGUUCGAACGUGAACUUUGUCCAGGUGACGAAAUUGCCACGGAUUGAGACUUCAUCACCCGACCUUACGUUGAAACUUUAGGAACAAAUCCCAUCUGGUGUUAAUUCUUAGUUCUUCUACACCCAUUGCUAUGCCGUGCCAGAUGUUUGUCUUUGUACAGUGAGAUCUGAUGAGAAAUGGCUGCGAGGUACGAAGUUUUGAUGUCUCGCCUUCUCUCUUGCCGUCUUUGGCUCUGACGUGCAAUGACAAUGUUACCAGUUGCUAUAAUUUAAUUUGCAGCACUCUUAUUUGCUGUCCUAACUGUAGAAGAGGAGAUGAUCAUUUCUUUAGCCUUUCAGUGAUCUUUGACAGGAAAUUUCUGUGGCCAUGAGUGUCAAUGCUGCGAGAUUCGCUAUUCUGCCUCCUAGAAAUGUUACUUGCUUUGAGACUUCAUUUGUGUUUUUGUCCUUAAAUAGAAGUUUAAGCCUUUUCUAAUGCUA